GGCAGCCCGGGAAGCCGCGCCUGCCGGCGAUUCUCCGCCACCCCGUCGCCCUCCAGGGACCAGGUUCACCUGGGUCUUCCUCGCACCAGCCUGGGGUACCGGUUCCUGCCGGUCUCUUCACCUGACCAGCCGGCACCACCAAGGCCAAGCAUGGCAAUGCCAGACAGACGGUCCCCUCAGGGAAGGCCUCGCCGGGGAUAAACAGGAUGCACAGAUGACCCUGCGUCCACAGGGCUCCAGGCCCCACGGUCGCCACAGAGACAGGAGCCAGCCGCAAGCAGAAGCCGCAGCCCAGGAUCCCAGGAGGCGCCCCUCCCUGGGGCUAGGACCAGGGGCUGCCCAGAGGGCCCGCAGAGGGCGGGGGGGGGGGUCUUUCCAGAGGAGCCCCCGCCCCGGCGCUCCUGCACCCACAGCCCGCAGCCACCCCCACGUCCUCCACCGUCGGGGACCACCCACCCGGACCCACGUGAGUGGCAAGAGAGGCAAGCGGUCCAGGACUGCCAGGCUCCGGGGGAGCCACACCCGGGUGCCAGGCUGGGCCCAUGAGAGACCAAUGGGGAGCAACCAAGAGGAGCAGCUUCUGCACGUGCUAAGCCGGCUGGAACAAGACGCAGACCUCUCCGACGACACUGACGGCGUCCGGCCUCGGGCGGCUCUCCUGGAAAAGCACCUGCUGGACGGGGAGAAGCAGCCACACAGCAGCGGGCAGGGGCCCUACUUCUAUAUCGGAGGGAACAAUGGGGCCUCCAUAAUCAGCUCCUACUGCAAGGGCAAGGGCUGGCAGCGCAUCCAGGACAGCCGGCGUGAGGACUACAAGCUGAAGUGGUGUGAGGUCAAGUGCAGAGACAACUACUACAGCUUCCGAGAAGGUGAGCAGCUACUGUACCAGAUUCCCAACAACAAGCUCCUCACCACCAAGAUCGGGCUGCUCAGCGCCCUGAGGGAGUACGCGAGGGCUGUGAAGACGACCCACAAGACCCCGCUGUGUGCCCAGGCCAAGGUCCUGAAAAUGGAAGAGUUUUUCCCAGAGACAUACCGUCUGGACAUCAGGGACGAGAGAGAGGCUUUCUUCACUCUCUUUGACGGAAAUCACAUCUGGAUCUGCAAGCCCACUGCCUGCAACCAGGGCAAAGGCAUCUUCCUGCUCAGGAACCAGGAGGAAGUCGCUGCCCUGCAAGUCAAGACCCAGAGCAUCGAGGACGACCCCAUCUACCGCAAGAUGCCGUUCAGGGCGCCUCAGGCGCGGGUCGUGCAGAGGUACAUCCAGAACCCCCUGCUCCUUAGCGGGAAGAAGUUCGAUGUGCGCUCCUACCUGCUCAUUGCCUGCGCCGCGCCCUACAUGGUCUUCUUUGGCCACGGCUACGCCCGCCUCACCCUCAGCCUGUAUGACCCCCAUUCCAGCGACCUCAGGGGCCACCUGACCAACCAGUUCAUGCAGAAGAAGAGCCCCCUGUACGUGCUGCUCAAGGAGGACACGGUGUGGAGCAUGGACCAGCUCAACCGCCACAUCAACGACAAGUUCAGCAAGACCAAGGGGCUCCCCAGAGACUGGGUCUUCACCACCUUCACGAAGCGGAUGCAGCAGAUCAUGGCCCACUGCUUCCAGGCUGUCAAGUCCAAGCUCCACUGCAAGCUGGGCUACUUUGACCUCAUUGGCUGUGACUUCUUGAUUGAUGAGAACUUCAAGGUGUGGCUGCUGGAAAUGAACUCCAACCCCGCCCUGCACACCAACUGUGAAGUCCUGAAGGAGGUGAUACCAGGCGUGGUCAUGGAGACGCUGGACCUGGCCAUCGAGACCUUUCAGAAGAGCUUGCGCAACCAGAAGAUGCUGCCUCUGCUCUCCCAGCGCCGCUUCGCGCUCCUGCACAACGGCGAGGCGGACCUGUGGCCGCGCCUGGGGGGCCCCCGCAGCGCCCUCCGCCCGCCGCCCCCACGGCCGGCGGGCGAGGCCGACUGCUCGAAGCCACCUCCGCCCCGCGCCGUCCACAGGCCGGGCGCGCGCAGGCCCGCGCGGCCCCGGAGCCCCGGAGGCGCGCACAGGCGGCCGCCCUCGGCGCAGAGGCGGCCCCGACCGCCCGGCCCCGGCCCCGACGGCGCCCAGAGCGGGGAGCCCGGGGCCGAGCGGCCGCGCGCGGGCGCCGGGGACCCGGCGCGAGAGCCCUCCCCGGGGCUGGCGGCGGGGCGCAAGGACGCGGGGCUCCGCGGCUCCUAG